ACCGUUCCGUGGUGGGAAAAAGUUUGCUUACUGCAAACAGCAAAUAAUGACACACAUUUGGAUAUAUUGAAAACUACUUGCAACAUUUGAAUACCGUUCUUGCCUCAGCAAAGCAGAAGGAGCGGGAACAAGGAGGAGAAAAACUUUAGAUGGAGACGAGACCGCCUCUGGACGUGCUCAGUUCAAUUGCCUGGAGAUUCCCAUUCUACUGACUGCUGCCUACAAAUCGAUUGUCUGACUACAAUGCUGUCAGAUCUUGCUAUUCUGUUUUGUCUUUGGAAUUUUGAGUGGUUGGUGCCUUGGACUUGCUGAAGGAGCUGAAGAGCAUUCCUAUGACCUUGGAGCUUUUGCAGAAUCUACUGAAUUCUACUAUGAGGGCAUUAAGAGUGACGCAUGUAGCGUGGGACUGGAAUCACUUGUAGGCCAGAGAAGUCUACCAGAAUUGGGAUGUCUGUAAAUGCCAUCAGGAAGCAGAGUAAAGAGGAAGACGUCAUAUCGUUGGCAAAAUCCCUCAUUAAAUCCUGGAAGAAACUCUUGGAUGGACCAACAGUUGAGAAAUCUACAGAAGACAAGAAAAAAGAUUCCUUGGCACAAAACAGCCCAAAAGCAAAAGAAGAAAGUUCAGGAAGCAAUUCCAGUAUCUCACAUGAAGCAUUAUAUACUCCAUCACCGUUUCAACUGAAAAGUUAUCCUCAGGCUCCUUUUACCACCGACUCGGUACGGAUCAAGUGUAGAGAAAUGGUAGCUGCUGCAAUGAAAACGGACGGUGACUACAUAGCAAUUGGCUCAGAUUGUGAUGAGCUUGGAGCGCAAAUUGAGGAAAGUGUAUAUCAAGAAUUUAAAAACACAGAUAUGAAAUAUAAAAACAGAAUGAGGAGCAGAAUUGCAAAUUUGAAAGACUCUAAGAACCCUAAUCUGCGAAGAAAUGUCCUUUGUGGAAAUAUUGCACCAGAUAGACUGGCAAAAAUGUCUGCAGAGGAAAUGGCAAGCGAUGAGCUUAAAGAAAUGCGAAAAGCUCUAACCAAAGAAGCCAUCCGAGAACAUCAAAUGGCUAAGACAAGUGGCUCGGAAACUGACCUGUUCAAGUGUGGCAAAUGUAAGAAGAAAAAUUGCUCCUAUACCCAGGUUCAGACUCGCAGUGCUGAUGAACCAAUGACUACAUUUGUCGUAUGCAAUAGCUGCGGAAAUAGAUGGAAGUUCUGUUGAGAUCCUGAAGAAACUCCAGAAGAGACUUCCUUGGACCAACAGUUAAUUAUUUUCAGUUUCUAAUUAGUUGUGCAAAUGAGAUGUUAGAACUUCAACAAGAAUAUUUGUAGAACAAUACAUCCCUGUGACAUUUUUGUAUAAAUCUAAUUUCCUUAACACCAUUUUAUUGUCUUCCCCCCCCUGCAGUACAGUUCACUGAAACAAAAACCUUCACUCCUACAACCAGGCAGCAUCUAAAUGUACAAUUUUUCUUUUUUUUUAUAUGUAGUUUGACAUUAAAGUUUAAAAACUC